UCCAGGAUCAAGAAGGGUCUUCGACGAUGAUAUCCGGCUUCGAAACGAUAACGGAUUCCAUAAACGCGAAGAAUCGAGCCUCGCGAUCAACAGGUGGGUCCGACACCCUCGUGACCGGCUGUCUUCCGGGGAACAGGAAACGACCGGAGGAGACUCGAGAGACGUCGAUAUCCGAGAGGCGAUAUUUUGUAUGUAAUACGGAGGUACGGACGAGGUAUUCCGGGAAGGUGUUCAAUCAACGAUCGUUUAGUGGGUCAUCGACUAUCGAGGCAAUCGUACGCCGACGGUCCCCGCGAGUGCGUGGAUCAUCACCGGUGAUUACAGAGGUACCCACGCGGGUGUUCCUUACGCUGAGGCGUAGAAGGGGGCAAGGAGCGGAGAGAAGAGGAGAGGUAAUGAAUUCCACCCUCGAUAUAAACGUAAUGACCACCUCGGGGCCCAGACGUGGGCGCUGGCCGGCAGUUAUGCCUAUACGUGCCUUGAGACGCUGCCCUACAAGGUAG